AUGACAAGCAGCUUUAUUUAUAAGGAGAGAAUGAAAGCUCUUUACCACACCAACCCUAUGGUUCCGAAUAGGUGCAGCUUGAUGCUGACUCGGUCGAUUGAUGCCCGACUGCCUGUGGUCUGGUGGGCCCGUAGCGUGCGUGAAGUGAUGGUGGCAAUAGGGCUGCCGGCCCGCAGGAGCACCGAGUUGCUGGAGAGGCUCGACGAUGAUCGGCCCGUGAUUGUUGUGCAAUCCCGCCUACGGGACCCUCGCUCGCUGGGGUCUAGUGCACUCCUCCUGCAUGCUUUCUUCCUUCUGGUGAAGCACGAGUCUAACUCGCUGGACCGUCUCCAGCAUCUCGUCGAUUACAAGACAAAAACAAGCUUUAAACAAUGCAUUUCAUGGAAAAUGGUCACCCUGUUAACAACCAAGACACAUGAAGUCAGGAACGUUGUCAGCGUCGGGGAUUUGGUCGGAAACAGCGGGGGUGCUCGGGGCUUCGUUUGCUUUGGUGGGCCGCUUGGGUUCUUCUUGGAUGAAGAAGACGGAGGUGUCAACGCGAGUCCUGAUGGCGACAUCAUAGACUGUGUACCAUUCCAUUUACAGCCAGCUUUUGAUCAUUCUUUGUUAAAAGGACAGAAAACAAUCACGAAACCACCCAAAGCACCAUCAAGCGACAACACUUUUGCAGAAAAUUUCCAAGUUUGGACAAUGUCGGGUGAACGUUGUCUAGACAAUACCAUUCCAAUCAGAAGAACAACCGCAAAAGAUAUUCUAAAAGCAAAUUUUGGACGGAAAAUAGUUAGAAAAAUGCAGUAUGCGUUCGGCAUUGCAUCCGGGAUAUUUCACGGAGUAAAUGCAACAAUAAAUGUGUGGCGUCCACACGUAGCAAAUUCAGAUGAAUUCAGCUUAGCACAAAUAUGGGUUGCGUCGGAAGAUUUGGACGGUGCCGUAAACGCCAUGGAAGCCGGUUGGCAGAUAACUUUCAACAGGUUUAUGGUGACAAUCAUGUUCGCUUCUUCAUCUAUUGGACUGCCGACAAUUAUAAUAAAACAGGUUGUUACAAUUUGCUUUGCUCAGGCUUUGUUCAAACCAGCAAACACAUCGUACUUGGAGCUGCAAUUCGGCAUUAUUCAACUUAUAAUGGCACACAAUAUAACAUUACUUUAUCUAUUGAAAAGGUGA